GAUGUUUGCAUAUUAUUAUUUGCAAAAGUAGAGAAAUAUGGAAAAGAAAAAUAUGGAGCAAGGAACCGUCCGAAAAGGCAACCCCACUGGUUUGUACCGGUUAUUUCUGGCCGGUCUAGGCGUGACUGUGGUGGGUCUGGUGGCAGGAAUUGUGGUCUUGUCACUCAAACUGAAGGAUGAACGGGAUAAUCCCAAAAUUCCAGAGGUGUGUGCCACGGAAGGCUGUACCCGAGCCGCUGCCCGCGUCCUGGACUCCCUGGAUUCCGCUGUUGACCCCUGUGAAAACUUCUACCAGUACUCGUGCGGGGGGUUCCUAAGGAGUCACGUGAUCCCGGAAGACAGGGCCAAUAUCGACAACUGGGGAAUCCUUAGGGAUAACGUUGAGUACAUCAGCAAAUACCUCCUGGAGCAGCCGGUGACCCGCCCCAACGCCACGGCAAUACAGAAGGCGAAGGAUCUCUACCAGUCGUGCGUCGAUACAGAUCUGAUAGAACAAAAAGGAGUCGGUCCUGCAAUACCUCUACUAGAGGAACUUGGGGGCUGGCCUAUCCUGGGGUCAAAACCAGGGGGUAACUGGGAGGAGUCCAAGUUUGAUCUGGCGAGGCUUAUCACCACCCUGCGGAAGUAUAACAACAAGGUUAUCAUUGACAUGGGAGUGGGCAUCGACAAUAAGAACUCCACAAACCAUAUUGUAUCGUUUGACCAGCAGGACUUCGGUCUGCCCAGCCGGACGUACUACCUGGACGAGUCCUACCGUCCCAUGUUAGAAGCCUAUAUCCGGUUGGCCACCAAUGUUGCCAUUGAAUUCGGUGCUAACAUCACAACGGCGGAAGCGGAAAUAAGGGAAGCAGUUGCGUUUGAAACCGCUAUUGCAAAUAUAUCAAUGACGAACGCUGAGUUGCGGGACAGUUCUGCCACCUAUAACAAGAUGACUUUGGCAGAUAUGAAGGUCAGGUUCCCGGAACCCAAACCUACGGACCCCGUACAGUUCAGCUGGUUAAACUUCACCAGGCAGGUUUUUGGCCUGGUGGACUCUGACCUGAACAUCACUAUAGAGGUGGAUGAGCCUGUCCUCGUGAGCGCCUUAAAAUACUACGAGAAGGUGCUCGUGGUCGUGCAGACAUUCCCUAAAAGGACAAUAGCCAACUACAUGGUAUGGCGAAUAAUGCAAAACCGAGCGAGAAACCUCCAACAGCGCUUCCAGGACUAUAUCGAGGAAUACAAUCAGGUUGUGUACGGGGUGUCGACCCAGAGAGCCCGCUGGAGGGGGUGCGUGUCCUACUCCAUCCUUCAGCUGGGGGCGGCCGUGGGUAGCCUCUAUGUCCGGGAAGCCUUCGACGAGCAGGCCAAAGGAACGGCGAUUGAUAUGAUCAACGGUCUCCGGGACGCUUUCGCAGAGAUCCUGAUGGAGCAGUCCUGGAUGGACGAAAGCACGCGCACAGCAGCCAAGGAGAAGGCCGACGCGAUGCAGCAGUGGAUCGGUUACUCAGAUGACAUUUUGGAUGACCAAUCGAUGAAUCAACUGUAUGAUGACGUUGAAGUUAACAGCACAGAAUACUUCCAGAACGUCCUUGGUAACCUUCAGCGCUGGGGAAUGGGAGAUAUAUCUGUGCUAAGAAUGGAGUUCAACAAAAACGGAUGGUCUGACCCACCCACAACAGUCAACGCACAGUACAGUUUCCUUUUAAAUAAUAUCCAGUUUCCGGCCGGAAUAUUUCAGCCUCCAUUUUAUCAGAAGGAUCAGCCAAGAUCUAUGAACUACGGAGGAAUAGGAGUUGUAAUUGGCCAUGAAAUCACGCAUGGAUUCGAUGACCAAGGGAGCCAAUACGACAAGGUAGGCAACCUUCGCAACUGGUGGGACACGACUAUCCUGGAGAACUUCCAGAAGAGGGCGCAGUGCAUUGUGGACCAAUAUGGCGGGUUUGUGGUCCCCGAAAUUGGGAUUCACGUUGAUGGAGAGAAUACGUUAGGGGAAAAUAUCGCAGAUAACGGAGGAUUGAAACAGUCAUUCAGGGCGUACCGAAAAUGGGUGGAUUCGGUUGGCAAGGAGGAACUUCCGUUACCAGGGAUGAAUUUAUCACACAACCAACUGUUCUUUAUCAACUUUGCUCAGAUUUGGUGCGAUAAAGAGAAGCCGGAGGAGCUGAAAAACUCCAUUAACACUGACCCUCAUAGCCCCGCACAGUUCAGGGUUAUAGGAACGCUACAAAACUCACAAGAGUUUUCGGAAACGUUCCAAUGUAAGCCGGGAUCCUUUAUGAACCCGAAAAAGAAAUGCUCCGUCUGGAAAAGAAGAUAAGCUUCUGAAGGGAGAUAAUAGUUUAGUUUAACAAGGGAAAUAAUAGUUGACGUUAUUAAGUUUUACAAGGGAAAUAAUACAAGACAAAAUAUAGUUUCACAAGGGAGAUACUAUAAUAAGUAAUUUAGUUCCAAAAGGGAGAUAAUUCAAGACAAAAUAUGGUUCCACAAGGGAGAUCAUGUAAGACUUAGUAUGGUUCCACAAGGGAGGUCAUGUAAGACUAAAUAUGGUUCCACAAGGGAGAUAAUAUAAGACUAAAUAUAAUUCUACAGGAGGAGAUCAACUUUACAAGGUACAUUUGACAAGUGUUGAUAGUGCUGUCUGUUUGUUUUUGUGAUGUUUUUGGAACGGUCAAACUAGUAUGUUUGUGUGUUUGAUGAUCUGGUAUUUUGAUAUAUUUGUAUAAUUAUCGUUCUGUCUGGUAUACUGUUUGGUAUAAAAAAGUUUUGAAAAUGAACGUGUACGUUUGAAACUUAUACUUAUUCUAGUGUGUGUAUAUGUAAUGGAAAAUAAACUUAACAAACCCAA